CGUGAAUGUAGGCCAAGUGUCGUGUGCGUUCUGUCUUCUACUGUGAUGUGUUAAUAAUGUCGGAAGCAAAAUUGCUCAUAUUUCCCAUUGUAAAUGUAUUUAGGUGAUCUACAACUUGAAUUCUAUCAAAAUGAAUGGUCAGCUGUUCAGUUCGAGUGGGUCAGCAAAUGACACACCAACACCUCCUUCAAAUAACAGCUACCCAGCCAGCCUUUCCUCGGAAUCUUCGAGGGAUGCUUCGCCGUCUCACGGACCGCGCGCAGGUCCUAACGGUGCAAAUGGGCCCUACAGGAGCUCCCCUUACGGAAACCACUAUCCGACCUCGCAACAGCCAACACCCGGUUACCAGACAGACCAGCAGCGAACUCCCUGGAGCGACAACCGAUCUAUGACAGCACCCGAUCGCUUCGGGCAGUAUCCAGCCAGUAGUAUGUACCAGACGAAAGUGAAUACUGGUCAAGCGUUUAGUCAAAAUUUAAGUUACAAUCGGCCCGCUAUGAACGAUAGCUUUUCUAAUUCGAAUUUCAACGAUACGCCCGCUUUUAAUUCCAGUGGUUAUGGUCAAAUGAAUCCAGUGUCCAGACCUCUGCCGCAAACUGACUCUCACCUAGUGAAUAAUCAAACCAUCAACAAAGUGUCGAGUUAUUCAGAUUCUUUGACCAAUAGUUCAGGUGCGCGGGACAGUCCUGUGUUGCAGCAACCGAUGCAUCUUUCUCAGACAUCUAGUGCACAUCUGAAUUCAUCGCCCACUCCGCCUUCAGCUAAAGAUCACCACAACUCCUUACGCCCCCACCAUAACUCUGCGUUGCCAACUUCUAACUCAAUUUCUCCCGUUCAACAGGUUUUGCACCAGAAUAGUAGUCAAAAUUCAAACUUCACAUCAUUGUACAGCAAUAAUUAUAAAAUGCCAGGAGACGGCUCUAGUAAAACACCAGCAACAUCUGAAAUUGCCAAACAGGAUGAUCUCUUCCCUGUAGUUGGACGACAAUACAACUUCAAUGCUUCAGCAGCCAACAACAACACAAUCAAUGAAGAUCAGUUGGAUGACAUCGAGUUGGACUCAGACAAGAAGUCGACAGGUGGCGGUGAUCAGUGGCCACCCAAUCAAGCUGAUAAAAGAUUUCAAGUUGGCAAUAAUCCUGAAAUGCAAAAUGUGAGGCUCAGUAAUUCACAUUCGCCUUCUAUGAUGCAACCACCUGGUGCUAAUCCUCAGUCAAGUUCUCCUGGAAGCUUCACCAACCUCCCUGCUCAAAAUUCUCAGACUUCAACAACUGCAAAUCCACCACCAUUCUCACAAGGCGAUUUCCAUAGAACUCCAAAUAAUGGUUCAACUGCAAACCAGUUUCCUCCGUCUCAAGUAGGUAAUCAUAUAUCAGCAAUGCCCAGUGGUCUGGCAAACGCUGAACCAAAUACAGCUCAAGAUUCUGCACCAACCAGGUAUUCGCCUGCUGUCAACAAUAGUAGACCACCUCCUCUUGGUGCAACAUCUGCCACACCACCAAUUUCUUCCGCAAACAUACCACAGUUAUCUGCAAGAUAUCCUCCCUCAACGUCAACACCACCAUCUGGAGCAAAUUUACCACAACCUUCUGCUAAUUAUGCUCCUCCGACUGCAGCUACAAAUCCUACUCCAGCUCCAACUUCUGCUGCGACCUUUGCUCCUCCAGCUCCAACAGCUGCUACAAGUUUUGCACCAACCAGAUCUACGUCCAACUUCCCCCCUCCAACUUCAGGAGCCAACCAUGCACCCCCAACAUCAAACACAAAUUUUGUGCCUCCAACCUCUGGAUCGAACUUUGCACCAUCCAGGUCCACUGCUCCACCAGCAACAGGGACAAACUUCACAUCCGCAUCCUCCUCUAACUUAACUUCUGGGUCCAACUUUGCACCACCCCCAACGUCAGGCUCAAGUUUUGCUUCACCAGCAUCUGCUGCAAAUUUUGCCGUGCCUCCAACAUCAGCAGCAAGUUUACCUCCAUCGAAGUCCACAGCUUAUGCACCACCAAAUACAGGUGCAACUUCAAGCUAUGCUCCUCCAACAUUAUCUACGAACUUUGUAUCCCAAAAAUCUUCAAAUUUUGCACCUCCCCAAACUUUAGGUACAAACAUCGUCCCUUCUUCAAUCUCUGGAUCAAACUUUUCAUCUCCUCCAACUUCUGCAUCAAGUUUUGCACCUCCACCAAAUUCAGGUACAAACUUCGCACCUACUCUAACUUCUGCAUCAAGUUUUGCUCCUCCACCAACUUCAGGUACAAACUUCGCACCUACUCCAACUUCUGCAUCAAGUUUUGCACCUCCACCAACUUCAGGUACAAACUUCGCUCCUACUCCAACUUCUAGAUCAAAUGUUGCAUCUCCUCCAACUUCAGGUUCAAGCUUUGCGCCCCCUCCAACUUCAGGUUCAAACUUUGCGCCCCCUUCAGGCUCAGGUUCAAACUUCGCACUUCCUCCAACUUCUAGAUCAAAUAUUGUAUCUCCUCCAACUCCAGGUUCAAAUUUUGCACCUCCGAUUUCAAGUUCAAACUUUGCGCCCCCUCCAACUUCAGGUUCAAACUUUGCGCCUCCAACUUCUGGAUCGAAAUUUGGGCCACCUCCAACUUCUGGAUCGAAUUUUGCACCUCCACAGACUUCAGGUUCAAACUUCGCACAUCCUCCUACUCCAGGGUCACGUUUCGCACCACCUCCAACUUCAGGCUCAAACUUUGCACCACCAUCAGGGUCAAAUUAUGGCCCACCUGCAUCGACGCCAGGAUUUGCUGCCAAAUUUGGGCCACCAUCAGCGAAUUACCCUCCUGGCCAGCAACCUCCCGUGAUGUCGCAGCCUCGGCCCAACAUGCCUCCAUUGCAGAAUGCCCAAUUCCAGAACAGGUAUCCGCCGACGUCGGCUACUGGAGUACAAUACACCCCCACCGCCGCCGCCCCUCCCUACAAUCAGCAGCAGCAGCUGCAGGGACCUUACCGGCAGCCCCCUGGACCUCAGUUCCAGCAAAUGCGCCCACCGCAACCUGGCAUGAUGGACAGUUUGACCAACCAAUUUAGAGCUGCUAGUGUCACACAAGAAGGCUACAACAGGUUAUGGGGCAUGGAUACCUUGGAUUUAUUGAAAACAAGAGAUUUGCUAUCGAAAGACAAAACAGAAGCUCCACCGAUACGUCUCAACCCGGAGAUGUUUGAUGCUAACAAUUGUAGUCCAGAGUUAUUCAGGUGUACGUUGGCAAAAAUCCCUGAAUCGAAAGCGCUGCUGGAGAAGUCAAGACUGCCGCUCGGAGUUCUUAUACAUCCAUUUAAAGAUAUGAAUGUGAGUGGACAUAAUCAAUUAUCUGUAAUCCAAUGCACAACGAUAGUGAGAUGUAGAACGUGUCGGACCUAUAUCAAUCCAUUUGUUUACUUUGUUGAUAAUAAGAGAUGGAAAUGCAACUUGUGUUUUAGAGUUAACGAAUUGCCUGACGAAUUCCAGUUUGAUCCACAAACCAAAACCUAUGGCGAUCCAUCGAGGAGACCUGAAAUACGGAAUGCCACCAUCGAGUUUAUUGCGCCGUCUGAAUACAUGGUGCGCCCGCCGCAGCCGGCCAUCUACCUGUUUCUGCUGGACGUGUCGCGCCUGGGCGCCGAAUGCGGCUACCUGCAAGUGGUCUGCCAGACCCUGCUGCAAGAGCUCGACCAGCUGCCAGGUGACGCGCGCACCUCAGUCGGCUUCAUCGCCUACGACUCGGCUGUGCACUUCUACAGCAUGGCCGACGGACUCAACCGUCCCCACCAGAUGACUGUCGUCGACAUUAAUGAUAUGUUCCUUCCUUGUCCCGACAACCUAAUAGUUAAUUUGAGUGAGAACAUAGACCUGGUGAGAGAUCUUCUGACACAUUUACCCACUCAGUACGCCGAAUCCUACGACACCGAAUCGGCGCUUGGAGCAGCCUUGCAGGCAGCUUAUAAACUGUUGGCGCCGACCGGCGGCCGAGUGACAGUGUUCCAGGCGCGCCUGCCGUCAGUUGGCCCGGGUGCCCUGGCGUCGCGCGAGGACCCCUCCCAGCGGGCGGGUGACUCGGUGCCCCACCUCAACCCCAGCACCGACUUCUACAAGAAGCUGGCCCUCGACUGCUCUGGCCAACAGGUGGCCGUCGACCUGUUCUUUGUCAACUCACAGUAUGUCGACGUCGCCACUCUGUCCGGUGUGUCCAGGUUCUCCGGCGGCUGCAUGCAUCACUUCCCGCUCUUCCGCGCCGUCGACCUCAUGCAGGUGAAGAUGCUGCAGAAGUGUCUGCGACGCUACCUGUCGCGCAAGAUCGGCUUCGAGUCUGUGAUGCGUCUGCGGUGCACCCGCGGACUGUCUGUGCACACGUUCCACGGCAACUUCUUUGUGCGCUCGACCGAUCUGCUGUCGCUGCCCAACGUCAACCCCGACGCCGGCUUCGGCAUGCAGGUCUCCAUCGACGAGAACCUCUCCGAGUUGCAGACUGUCUGCUUCCAGGCCGCGCUGCUCUACACUUCUAGCAAAGGAGAGCGUAGAAUACGAGUACACACACUGUGCCUACCGAUUGCCAAUAGUCUUUCAGAUGUGCUCAACAGUGCCGACCAGCUCUGCAUCAUUGGUCUACUCUCCAAAAUGGCGGUGGACCGCUCGAUGGAGUCGUCGAUAUCGGACGCACGAGAGGCGUUUGUGAACGUGGCCGCAGACAUCCUGUCCGCCUACCGGCUGACUCAGUCAUCGGCGCCACACGGCUCACUGCUCGCCGCACACACGCUCCGCCUCAUUCCGCUCUACAUUCUUGCCUUAUUGAAAUUCGUCGCCUUUAGGAUUGGUCAGAGUACGCGCUUGGAUGACAGAGUGUUUGCGAUGUGCCAGUUGAAGAGUUUGCCAUUGGCCCAGCUACUGCAGUUGGUCUAUCCUGAUUUAUAUCCAAUCCACGAUUUGGAGAAACAUCCGGUGAAAGAGGUGGGCUUGGAGCGAGAACAGGUGCACGACCCGCCUCGCUUGCAUUUGUCAGCCGAGCGCGUGGACUCACAUGGUGUCUACCUGCUGGACUGCGCGCACCUCAUCAUCAUCUACGUCGGCCACAAUUGCCCCGCCACCCUCUGUCAGGCCCUCUUCGGCAAGCCUUCAUUCAGUGCGCUGCCUCAUGAGUCGUUUGAUCUUCCCGAAUUGGAUACACCGGAAUCGGACCGCUUGUUUUCGUUCAUUCACCAUUUGUGCUCUGAGAAGGCUUACGUACCUUGCAUACAAGUUAUCAGGGACGACAGCCACCAUAGAAUGAAGUUCCUCGAGCAGUUAGUUGAAGAUAAAAAUGAAGCUGGCACCUCGUACUAUGAGUUCUUACAGCGAAUCAAACAGCUCGGAAAAUAAUAACUGCAAUUCGUUUAUCCAACUAGAAAUUGAACUCUGUUAUUAGUGAGUCAGACCAUUCAAAGUCACAUCACAUUUCAGGUCAGGCUAACUAACUGUUGAUGAUGAACAAUAAACUGCUGUUGUUUUGACUGUGAGAAAGAGAUAAGAUUCUCUUCCAUAAUGUGAAUAUGUGAAUUUUUAUCAUGCGUAUAUCAUGAGUAUUACAGUAAGCUCAUUAUUAGCUUCUGUCUGUUUAUUUUAAUUCUUUCAAUUGAACAGUAGGUUAUUGGAAAAAAUAAUAAUUAUCAACGUUGAAUGAUCGGCAAUGCAUCUCUAUUUUAAAAAUAAAAUCUGAAUCAAAAUAAAAUCAGGAAUUUAUUCACUAUUGUCUUAAGUUAUCUUGUGCUCUAAUAAAUAUAAAUAAUUAAUCAUUCUAUCGAUUACUAUAUUUAUUUGAAAUAUUAUCGUUAAUUCUUAUAAUUUGCUCCAACAUAUUACAAUUUCAGUGAUUACUAUAAUAUAUUAAGAUGUAUCCACUUGAAAUCUAAUAUUUUCUGAGCUUGAAAAUAUUGUCACUUCAUUCUUUUGAAGAGUCUUUAAACUCUGUGUAGCAAUCUGUAGACUGCUGGUCAAAUUGAAAAUUGAUACUUCAUUAUCAUAAUUUAGAGUCUUUCAAUCUGCAAAGUUGACUUCUAUGAGUUCAUAUUAAUUGCUCAGUUUGAGAAUCAUCUGACCUGUCAGUUAUCUUUUUGAUGCUUGAUAAUCGUCAGAAUCGUCUUGAUAUUUUUUUGGUGCUUAUAAAUUUACUUGUAUUUUUCCUUUUGUACUGGACAAUUUUUUUCAGUGAUAGUUUAACCUUUAGCACUCAUGUAAAGGCUUAUUUACAUGAUAUUGAUUAUUUUGAAAUUAAUUGAAAACCUUUUUCAAAUGUUGUGUUUGUUGAAGCCCAUUGUGUACUCAUUGACGAUUUCAUCCAGUCUAUAACUGAAUUGCGUUUCAUCUCCUAGCAAUUCUUCAAAGCUUGUCUUGAAAUCAAUUAUUGAUAGAAUUUUCGGUCUAUCAGAUGAACAUAAGUAUAAUCUGAACUGAGUAAAAUAAGUUCAAUCCAUUAGAUAAGUUCAUCGGUUCAUGAAUUUAUUGAUGAAUCACCCAAAUACUUAUUUUAAUUCUAUUAAUGCUUUUCAACUUUCUCCAAAAUAAUGAUAAUAUAUUAAGCCGUAGUGAGUUUGACUUUCUGAAGUCAGCAUCUGAUAAAUAUUGGUUUGCUAUCAUUGUCUGUCAUUAGACAAAGAAGAUAGCUCUAUCCUUUUCUACCUUCGCACUGUUGUCAAAUUGUUUGUUAACUAUGAAGAAACAUAGUGAACUACCAAAAUAUUUAAUCUCAGUUAUGGAAUUUCAUUAUAAAAUGAUGAAAAAAAAUAUUUUCUGGACAAAUAGAAUUUAUUUGAUCAUUAUUAACAUGAAUCAGCAGUUAAUAUUACAUCAGAUAUACCGAAAUAACUUGAAUCACAGAUAUCUAAUGUAGAAGGGGGUGGUAUCAGAGAAUCGGCAACUUUAUAGUCCUAUUAUUUCCACUGACUUAACAUGUAUCUCACUAUAAUUACGCCCCUUAUCAAAUUGCUUCAAUUUGGUAUGAAUUUGAUUAAAUAUACGGAAUCAUAAUAUUAAUUGCCUAUUCUACCAGUUUGCUUCAAGAACAUUCAUACGGCUUGAUUUUUACUGUGAAUUUAUCAUUCGAAUUAACAUGAUGAACUUAUCUGUUAUAUGUUUACUUAGAUUAUAUGAUUGCCAAGCAAACUUCAUCUAUAUAGAUGAAAUAGUUGAAUUAUGCCAAGUAAUUAUAAAAUUUAUUCGAAAUGAUUAUUUAUGAAUUAAUUAAGUUAUCUGUAUAAUUAUUGUUUCUUGAAAUGUAUUUAUCUUUUGCAUAUAAGUGUAACAGAGUAAUAUAAAGCGCAUUCCAUUUGAUUGAAAUUCUUAUUUUUCGAUCAACGUGCAUGCAAAUUGAAAUAAACUUAGAAAAAUUGUGUUUUUAACCUAUCAUACUCGUGUAUUUGCUUGCUUUAUGUUGUGGUUGUUUUGAGACAAAAGUAAAAUAGUUUACAAAAAAUUUACUAUUCUAUUUACUGUUUUUUUAUUGCAUUUGUGAAUUAUUAUUGUAUGAAUUUAUGCAAAUUUAUUAUAUAAAUGACUAAAUUGGUUAGGAAAUGUACUAUUUUACAGCAGACCUUUGCUUGUUUGUUUUUAAUUGUUGGAAUUAUGUUUUAAUAAACUGUAUCCUACUUUGUUGAAAUAUAAUUGAAAUAAUUAUAUUAAAAACUGUUGUUACAUGUAUAUUUAUCAUAAUGUGUUUGUUUUGAUUAGAGUUGUGUAUAAAUAAUAGUCUAGGCGAUGGUGUCUAUACUGUAUAGAUAUAAAACAGAUUGAGAUUCUAUGAGGCACUUUCAAUAUUAUGAUGUUGAGAUGAGCUUCGCUUGUCUUGAAGAGAGAAUGUAUCAUUCAUUAUUAUUUAUCGGUGAAUAAAGUAAAAUAAUUUUAUAACCAAUCA